UCGCGUGAGGACAAGGUCCGCUGGAAGUGGUCAGCGAUCGCGCGCGGUUUGUUAGACAAGAAGAAGGUUGCGAAGAAGUUAGGAUUUGUGGAUCGCGGAAGUGCAAGGUGAACUGGGUGCCGUUUUGAUAGAACUUGUUUUGGGGUUUUGUGAUAAGAUUUGAAGCAGCGCGAUGUCGAACUUUUACUUUGCAGCGAACAUCUCCAAUCGGUACAAGGAUAUAACCGAAGGAGCAAGUCCCAUCAUCGACAACUGGCCCCUGAUGGGCUCGCCCCUUCCAGUCCUAUCGAUCGCCGCCUUCUACCUCCUGUUCGUACUUCAGCUCGGUCCCCGGUGGAUGCAGCACCGCAAACCGUUCGACCUGCAGUGGCUGCUGAUCGCGUACAACGCAGCCCAAGUGCUCAGCUCGUUGGCACUUUGCAUCCAACCCCUGUUCCUCGGCGGCGUUGGUCUGCUGUUCAGCAUUUCCUGCAAUGAUGCCCCGGUCGUCGAUACGGAUCUUCAGCUGACGAUUUGGAAGGGCACCUGGUGGUACCUGGUGCUAAAGCUGGUCGAACUGCUCGACACGGUCUUCUUCGUGCUGCGCAAGAAGCAAAACCAGGUCUCGUUCCUGCACGUCUAUCAUCACACCAUUAUGGCGGUGUUCACCUGGGGUUACCUCAAGUAUUUGCCAGGAAUCCAGGGUGCCUUCCUCGGCGUCCUGAACACGUACGUGCACGUGGUGAUGUACAGCUACUACCUGAUCGCGGCCCUCGGCCCCCGCUACCAGCGGUUCCUCUGGUGGAAGCGAUACCUGACGACGCUCCAGCUGGCCCAGUUUGGCAUCAUGCUCGUGUAUCUGCUGCUGAUCGUCAGCUUCCAGUGCUCGGUGCCGCGCUCGCUGAGCUUCUUCUUCAUCGGCAAUGUGGCGAUAUUUUUGGUGCUGUUUUGUAACUUUUAUCGCAAAGCUUACAUCAAAAACCAGGCGGCGGCACACGCCGAGAGGAAGCAGCAGUGAAGCAGGUUAAUCCUUAUUUUAACUUUUAGACGUGCGAAAAACUACCCUCAUCUUAAAUUUAAUUUAUUUGGAAUGUCAAAACGAUUGCCUUCAGGUGUCUUAUUU